CGCCGAGCUCUGGAGGAGGUUCCACGAGAUCGGCACCGAGAUGAUCAUCACCAAGGCGGGAAGGCGGAUGUUUCCCGCAAUGAGAGUGAAGAUCUCAGGUUUAGACCCACAUCAGCAGUAUUACAUUGCUAUGGAUAUUGUGCCAGUGGAUAACAAAAGAUACAGGUAUGUUUAUCAUAGCUCCAAGUGGAUGGUGGCUGGUAAUGCUGACUCCCCAGUACCGCCUCGUGUUUAUAUUCACCCCGAUUCACCCGCCUCUGGGGAGACGUGGAUGAGACAAGUGAUCAGCUUCGACAAACUGAAGCUUACCAAUAAUGAGCUGGACGAUCAAGGGCAUAUUAUCCUUCACUCUAUGCAUAAAUACCAGCCUCGAGUCCAUGUCAUCCGAAAAGACUGUGGAGAUGAUCUGUCCCCCGUCAAGCCUAUCCCUUCAGGGGAAGGGGUGAAAGCCUUCUCCUUUCCAGAGACGGUUUUCACUACUGUCACAGCAUACCAAAAUCAACAGAUAACUCGUCUGAAGAUUGACAGGAAUCCAUUUGCCAAGGGCUUUAGAGAUUCGGGACGUAACAGAAUGGGACUGGAAGCUCUGGUGGAGUCUUACGCCUUCUGGAGACCUUCACUGAGGACACUUACCUUUGAAGAUAUACCUGGGAUACCCAAACAAGGAAAUGCAGGUUCCUCUCCUUUACUCCAGGGAUCUGGCAGCGGAGUGCCAUCUACCCACCCUCACCUUUUAACGGGUUCCCCUUGCUCAUCUCCAGCCUUCCACCUCAGUCCCAACACGAGCCAGCUCUGUAGCCUUGCUCCAGCUGACUACACAGCUUGUGCCCGCUCAGGCUUGACCUUGAACAGAUACAGCACUUCCCUGGCUGAGACCUACAACAGGCUCACCAACCAAACCGGGGAGACAUUUGCGCCCCCGAGGACUCCCUCGUAUGUCGGCGUGUCGAGCAGCACAACGGUGAACAUGUCCAUGGGUGGCAGUGACGGGGACGCCUUCAGCUGCCCGCAGACUGGCUUAUCCAUGCAGAUUUCAGGGAUGUCUCCACAGCUCCAGUACAUCAUGCCGUCCCCAUCCAGCAAUGCCUUCGCCACUAACCAAACCCACCAAGGCUCCUACAACACGUUUAGACUGCACAGUCCCUGCGCGCUCUAUGGAUAUAACUUCUCCACGUCCCCUAAACUGGCUGCCAGUCCUGAGAAAAUCGUUUCUUCCCAAGGAAGUUUCUUGGGGUCCUCGCCAAGUGGAACCAUGACGGAUCGGCAGAUGUUGCCCCCUGUGGAAGGAGUGCACUUACUUAGCAGUGGGGGGCAGCAGAAUUUCUUUGACUCUAGGACCCUAGGAAGCUUAACACUCUCGUCUUCUCAAGUGUCUGCACAUAUGGUUUGAUGAAGCCUUUAAGUAAAAGUACAGUAUGUUUGGUGUCUACAAUGUAUUUCUUUUGGAAUAUGAAAGGACACUCGGUGUAGCUUGUAAAGUGUGUGUAUAUA